AUGGGACUCAUACGUCAGUCAGUAAGAAAGACGAAAACCUGCAGCGACGAAAACCCCAGAAGCCGCAGCAGGAAUCCUCAACCUCAUCGCAGAUUUCAACAACGCCGGCGGCGGCAACGCCUCACCUCCCAUUCAGCCAUGAACCCGAACAAUGCCAUCUCGGCACCUGGUCCACAGCUGAGAUCCAGACUCCUGCGCCUCCCGUGCGAGAUCCGUGACCAGAUCUGGCACGAGGCUCUGGGCGACAUGGUUUUCUACCCUGAUUACUCCCGCGGCCACUACGGUCAGCUGUCCUACGCGCACCGGAGACACACCAUCACCAACGUCGGACUCCUCCCGCUGCUAAGAUCAGAGGUAGGUACUUUGAAACUACCACCAUCCUGUACUCCGCCAGUGAGUUUUGUCUCCGGGCUCCGACGCCAUCCUCAGCUUCCACGCCUCGUUGCCCGCGCCGAGGUCCAAGAGCCUGCGGCGCGUGAGCUUCAUGUGGUUUUGGAGAGAGCCGCCGCUCGCGGGGACGCCGGAGCUUGCGGGCUGGAAGAAGGUUUGGAGGGAGUUGGCGUCGAUGAGCCGCCAGUUGGAGAUGCUGAGGGUUGA